AUGAGUAUUUUUGAAUUAGACCCUAAUUAUGUAUUAGUGGUUGAAUACUCGAAAGAGAAUUUGUCGGUCUUGUUGGCUGAAUUAGGUGCCAAGGGUCUUUUAUGUGAGUGCAGACCUGGACAUGAUGCGAAGAAUGUGUAUGUCUUUGUUAGGGAUGAUUUGGGUAACGUGCUGAAAGUUGUCGAACGAUUUAAGUUCGUAACCAAGGUGUCACCGUUGUAUACGGAGGGUGAGAGGGAGCAGAUGAAGAGGAUGGCUCACGAGUUAAUUAGAAAUCGUUCUCUCUUGACUGAUAAUGAUUUGGUUCAAUUAGCUCAGGUUAGUGGUAAUCCGCGUGUUGCUAUGUACUUUGCUUUUGUGAAGACUUACACACGGUUCCUUAUGCCCUUGGCUGUUUUUGGAUUGGGUUUACGUCUCUUCAAUCCUAGCGGCAUGGAAUUCAAUGCGUAUUACGCUGUUGCAGUGUUGAUUUGGGCUAUAUCUUUUAUUACACUUUGGAAGAAUAAAUACGAGGCUGAUUACUCGUCUCUAUUUGGAUAUCUGUCAUUGAUCCCAUUGGAAGAUUCAAGGAUCACUUUCAUGAAGAAACUCUGCUUCUUCCCCAUUGCGUUGUUAUUUGUCACGUUGUUGGUAGGGUUCCAAUUACUGUGCUUUGCGUUAGAAAUAUUCUUGACUCAAAUAUAUGAGGGACCAUUGGCAUCCGUUAUUUCCUUGUUGCCAACAGUGUUACUCUCCGUGUAUGUUCCUAUCUUAACUUUGGUGUACAACAAGAUUUUUGUUGAUAAGAUGACCGCAUGGGAAAAUGGUACCAACCCUGAAAGGUCUAAGGUGGAAAAGAACUUUGUGUUUGCUUUCUUGACAAGUUACGUGCCAUUGUUGAUUACUUUGUUCAUCUACUUCCCCUUCGGACACCUUUUGAAUGCUUAUUUGCCCGUCAUCGCCAAGUACUCCUCGUUGGCUAGAAUUCCAGUUAAUACAAGUGCCUUCAAGUUGAACCUUGCUCGUUACCAAACACAAUUCUUCUAUUUCACUGUUACCAAUCAAGUUAUUGCAUUGGCAAUGGAAAAUGUAUUGCCUAUCGUUUUGGGAAAAAUCAUGCCUAUUGUCUCUGGAGAAAACAAGCCAAACUCUGAUAAGUCUAAGGUUGCGAGGUUGGUUGCAGAGCAAUUCCCAAAGGAAAAAGCAUUUCUAAGUAACGUAAGAGAUUAUAAUACCGGUCCAUGGGGUGUAUUCGAUGUGGAUGAUAACAUGCGCAAAUUAGUCUUACAAUUCGGAUUUGUCGUUCUGUUUUCAUCGAUUUGGCCAUUGGCUGCCUUGAUCUGCAUUAUCUUCAAUGUGGUUUUCAUCAAAUUGGACCUAUGGAGAGCUCUUGUUAAAUCUGCACCACUAGUAGACACAAAAGCUAGAAAAGAUGCUGUUAAGGAAGACGGAUACGAGGAUAUUAAGAUGACUCCAUGGAACUCUAUUAUUACCUUCCUCACUUGGUUUAGCUCCUUAGUAACACCAGCAUUGUUGUUGUUGUACAAGUACACCAAUUUACCUGGUUCUGAUAGCCCUGCAUCCAUACAGAAGCGUUCAAUUUCUUCGACAUGGUAUCAAUACUAUCCUUUCCAUUACGAUUUCAAGACUGUUACUUUGGCUACCUUUUUCUUGGAACAUGUCUUCAUGUUUGUGUACUGGGUAGUAUCUAAGAUUCUACAAUCUCCAUUAACUAAAAAAUCCAAGACAUUCAUUCCCGCUGAAGAGUUAAAGGAACCUCCAAAGCUGAAUUUGGAGCAUAUUGUUAAUAACACAGUACAAUUCAUGAGCACUCUUUCCAAUGCAGAUUGCGUAACCGCCAACGGUUCAAAUGAAAAGACAACAGCUAUUAAAGAACCAACUGAACAGCAGCCAAAAACUGCUGUCACUAAUAACGCGAAGUCAACUGGAGCUAAUAUCACUGGAGAACAUGAUAAUAAAGUUAAAAAGAGGGGUCCUGUCUCACCAGUACCUCUUCCAGUUGCUCAACCUCCUACACAGACAGAAGCUCCACUUCCGCCAAAGGACGUUUCAAAUAAAGUCAAAACAUCUUCUUCUUCUUCUUUGUCUUCUUCUGUUGCAGGUGCCACAUUACCUCCAACUAUUCCAACCUCUAAAAACUUUGACUUGAGAAACUCAACUCCAAAUAUGGAAGCGUCAAGUGUAGCUACUCUAUCGUCGGUUCCUCGUGCUAAUAUGAAACAGGAGGAUUUAGAGCAGAAGAUAGAAGCUAAUCCCUCAGUGAAAAACAAAGCGUUGCCAGCAAACCAGCAAAGCGUUUCCAACAAAUUACCAAAAGUUGAAAUUAAUCUGGCUGCUGAUGCACAGCAAUUUGUUUCUUCCAAGGCAAUUGAGCCUGAGAAGCAAUUUGUCAACGAAAAUAAAAUCGCAGCCACUCCCCAAAAACAAGUUACUUCGGAGAUGCCAGCCAAGUCCAACAAAACCACUCUGAAAAAGGACACUGAAUCAAUUAUUUCUAACACAGGAGCUUCAUCCAUUAAAAAGAAGAAGAAGGGUAUAAUGUCACCUCUCGGUAAAUUAAAGAAAAAGUUCUGA